CAUGAGAGACAGUGCGUCUGCGCUAGGAGGAAGCGGGAGCGCGCAUCUGAGGCCGGUGGAAGGAGGUGGGCUUGUGGGGGGCCCGACGGACGCUGCGCCCGGUAACCGGCUGACCACUCCGCCGCACGGCCAGUGCCACAGCAGUCGCAGAUACCGCGCGGAAGCCUGCUGCGGGGAGCGUCUUGCCUGGUCGCAGCGGCGCCGUCGGUUGCUGGGGUAACGAUAAGGCUUCGGCCGGGAGGCCCGUUUCCCGGAAGCUUCGGAUCGGUUCCGCGCUGCCCCGACGGACCGGCAGAGGGGGAACCACUGGGGGCUGUCAGAAAUGUCCAUGGUCCUGUUUGCUUCAGUGGUGCGUGUUCGAGAUGGCCUUCCACUCUCUGCUUCUACAGAUUAUGAACACAAUAAAGGAGUGCAGGAGAGCAAGAAGCAUCUUAAAGUUCUGUCAAAAAAACUGGGGCAUCUGCCUGAUCGAUGUACUCUGAAAGAUGUAGACUACAAUGUACAUUUUAUAAGUUCAUUAGGAGUGGGGUAUAUGAUGAUCUGCUCUGAAAAUUAUCCAAACGUGCUCGCUUUUUGUUUCCUGGAUGAACUACAACGAGAAUUCAUUACUUUAUAUGAUACAAUGAGGAUUAACUCAGCUGUCAGACCAUACUCCUUCAUCGAAUUUGAUAAUUUUAUCCAGAAAACCAAGCAGAGGUUUAACAACCCCCGGUCUUUGUCUACGAAGAUAAACCUUGCUGACAUGCAGACUGAGAUCAAACUGAGGCCAGCCCAUCAGCUUACAGUACAUGAUCUUGGAGCAGCAAAUGGAAGCUUACAACCACAUUCUUCCCCCCACAAGGGAAUAGCUCCCAAUCAGCGACUGGAACCAGUGAAGCUGCCAGGAGUUAUAUCUUGUUUACUAAGUCUGCUUUGUGCAGCUUUAAAUCUAAUCCGUGGAUUUCAUGCAGUGGAAAAUUUAUUUCAGGACGAUGAGGAGGAACUGAAUACUGCUGCUGUAUUUUUCAUUGGAAUUGCUGCAAGUUUGUAUCAGUGUUACUUGUUAGCAUGCUACAGUGGACAGAGGAAUUUGAAAUCAUUCCUGAUGUUUGGUGUCGUUUGUCUCUGUAACCUCUACCUGCAUGAACAUCGUAAUAUUUGGCAGAUUCUAUUUCAUGUGGCAGUGGCUGCAUUUUCAACUCUGCAGACAUGGAUGAGACAGCCACAGGGAAAGGCCCCCGACUACAACGUCUGAGUGUCGGACUACAGAGAACAGUUCCAUCGAAAGCACAGAAUGACUUGGGACAAAGCGAAAGAACCAUGUCCAUUAUGGGCCAAAUGAUGAAAUUUAUUUGACUUUCUUGGAAACACUGUGGCACAAUGCUGACACUCGAAGCUACUAAUCAAGGUUGUGAAGAUGAAUUCCUGCAGUUAAUUCCUUAUUGCUGCAAUGUAUGGGGUACUUAUUUGGGCACUAGACAUGAGGCUGGAAAAUCCCAGAUACCUUGUUAGCUUUUUAUUUGGAUUCAAUUGAUAUGAAAUUUUCUGUCAAAUUUUUGUUUAAAGUUUAUUUCUCUUUGGUUCAAAAGGCAAUGAUUUGUAUUUUGAGUGCAGAGUACAGUGAAAUCACAAGGCUCUGCUUUCGUGUACAACUUCAUAGACUUGACCACUUAAAUUGAAUUGACACUCCCAAUAUGGGACUGUACUACCAAAGAUGCGCUGCUCACUUGAAUGUUCACUUGAGAUCCAUGUCACCAUCUGGAUGGAAAUUGAAAUUCUCCUCCUACUUCUCGUUAGUAUUUACGUUUCACCAAGUACUUUUUAGCCAUAAAAUACUUUACUUGGUCAUCUAUUAUGCAGAAAUUUGCUGUUUCCUGCAUUACAAUAGAAGCUACAUUUUUUUACCCUUAAGUAUUUAAUUGAUUUUCAAACUUUCAGGCAGCCUGCAAUUAUAAAGUAUAAAAGCAGAAUCUGCUGGACAGUUCCAGUAAUUCAGGUUCAAGUUAGUUUAUUGCCAUCUGACUGUGGAUAUAUACAACCAGACAAAACAACGUUCCUCCAGUCCACAGUGCACCCACAAUACAUAAAUCAUACACAGCACAUAAACCAAAAUAUUAUACCAUAAAUAAGUUAAUAAAAUAUAGUUCAAAAUGAAUGUAGUGAAGUGCAACACAACACAGGUAAACAGUAGAGAAAACAGAUCGCUGUCUUAGUGAAGAGAGCACGCUGGUUCCAGGGUAUUCAUAAGUUUCACAGCCAGAGGGAACAAUCUGUUACCAGUCUAGCAGUGCUGGACUUGAUGCAGAAGGGGAGAGUUGCUUUGGUGUUCUUUGAACACAGAACAGUACAGCACAGUAACAGGAAAUUCAGCCCACAAUGUUGUGCCAAACUAGCUAAAAAGCAAAUCAGAAGCACUGAUAUACUAAUCCCUCCUACCUACCUCAUGUCCAUAUCUCUCCAUCUUCCUCACAUCCAUGUGCCUAUCCAAACGCCUCUUAAAAACCUCUGAUGUAUUUGCCUCUACCACCAGACCAUGCAUCCACAACUCUGAGUAAAAAAACUUACCCCUCACAACUCCCUCUCACCUUCAAUGUAACCCUGGGAAACAGAUACUCUCUGUCCAUUCUAUCUAUGCCUCUCAUAAUCUUGUAAACCUCUAUCAGAUCUCCCCUCAGUCUCUGGCGCGCAAGAGAAAACAACCCAAGUUUAUCCAGCCUCUUAUGAUAGCACAUGCUCUCUAAACCAGACAACAUCCCGGUAAGCCGCUCUACACCCUCUCCGAAGCCUCAACAUUCUUCUUAUAGUGGAUAAUCAGAACUACACACAAUACUCCAUAUGUGGCCGAACCAGAGCUUUAUAAAGUUGCAACAUAACCACCGGACUUUUGAACUCAGUGCCUUGACUAAUUUUGAAAGUAAGCAUUCCACAAGCCUUCUUAACCACCUUAUCAACCUGUGUAGCCACUUUCAAGGAGCAAUGAACUUGGAUCCCAAGAUAUCUCUGCUCAGCAACAUCGUUAAGGAUCUCGCCCUUAACUGUGUACUGUGUCCUUGCAUUUGCCCUAACGCAGUGCAACUCCUUACAUUUAUCUGUCUUAAAUUCCAUCUGCCAUUUCUCAGCCAAUGGUCUGUGUUGUGCUGUAUUAUUUGCCAGUCUUCUGCACUAUCCACAACUCCACCAAUCUUUGUAUCAUCCACAAAUUUACGAACCCACCAUCUAUAUUUUCGUCCAGUUCAUUUAAAUACAUCACAGACAGCAGAGAUCCCAGCACAGAUCCCUGUGGAACUCAGCCCCCAGCUCAAAUAAAUCCCUUCAACCACUAUUCUGUCUUCGAUGCACAAGUCACUUGCUGGUGAUAAUAAACCUGAUUCUGAUUCUGAAGCUAUUUCCAUCCACCUGCACCCAGACAAUGGCCUUUCAUACCCUUCCCAUACAAGUACCGAUCCACGCUUCUCCUAAAUGUCGAAAUCAAAGCCACAGCCACCUCUUGCUCUGGGAGCAUGUUCUACGCUUUCACCACCUUCUGAAUGAAGAUGUUCCUCCUCAUGUUCCCCUUAAUCAUUUCACCCUUAACCCAUGACCUCUAGUUCUAGUCUCACUCAAUCUCAUUGGAAAAAGCCUGCUUGUAUUUACCCUAUUUAAACCCCUCAUCUCUUGAAUUUUCCUAAGAUAUUAUUUUCUCAUUUAAAAUUUUCUCCCCUUCCUCUUUUCUCCCAAAUUCCAAAUUGGAGCUGUUGCUAACAAUAAAAAAAAUCACAGGAGGAACUCAGCAGGUCUGGCAACAUCCAUGGAAGCAGAGGGAUGGUUGUUGCUUUGCGUCUUAACGGUUGCCACUUCUUUUGUAUUUUGCAACAAAAAAAUGCAGAAAAGCUGCAAAUACUUAGCAAUUAUCCAGUAUCUAUGGAGAGAAAAUCUGUAUUAAUGUUCAAAACGCUAAUUUUGAUUGAAGUUCCGGUUAUUUUCCAUAGAUGCUGCCUGGCCUGAGAUUUCUAGCAUCAAUCUUCAUUUCAGAUUUUCCAGUAUUUGCAGUGUUUUGGACCUUUGCUAACUAACUAUAAAGGAAGUUGAAUGCAAGUGUUUGCUGUGCCUCAUCAAUAAUAUUUAAAACUGACACAGUAGGGAUUAGUUGUUUUGUAACUAUGCCUGUGCCUGGGAAUUUCAAUUUGUAAGAGAAUGCAAGAAUGAAUUUUCUUGCUUCCAGACCAUACUUAAGUGUCACACUGCUGCCUUUUGGGAUCUGAAUGUUUUCCCAUUUAGGUUUCCAUAAUUGAGUAUUUAUUUUAUGAGAAUUGUAACAUGCUAAUAUCGAUAUACAUUUAUGUGACUGUGUUACAACAUUUUGUAGGAAAUUGGUAAGAAAUAAAAUAUGUAAUGCAUAUAUUUAGAGAAUUGAGCAAGCCCAAAUGGUUUCCACCAAUACAAAAUACGAUGUGCAGGCUACAUUUGUCGGGGG